GAACGCAAAAAUGCCGGAAGUAAACAACUACUGUGGCUGGUAGGAAGCGUUUUGCUGCUCACGUGUUUCCAUGGCUGAUGUGCCGGAGAGCGCCCCGCAGCACUGUCCUGGGACAGAGAGCAGUGAAGCGGGGAAGAGCUCGGCGUGCCAGGGAUGUCCCAACCAGGCAGCAUGCGCCUCAGGGGCCGCGGCGGGGCCAGACCCAGCAAUAGAAGAAAUCAAAGAAAAAAUGUCUUCAGUGAAACACAAGAUAUUGGUUCUCUCGGGAAAAGGAGGAGUUGGAAAGAGCACAUUUAGUGCACAUUUGGCUCAUGGCUUGGCUGAAGAUGAAGGCAAACAGAUUGCUUUGCUUGAUGUGGAUAUCUGUGGUCCAUCAAUUCCAAAAAUAAUGGGUCUAGAAGAUGAACAGGUUCACCAGAGUGGCUCAGGAUGGUCUCCUGUUUAUGUGGAGGACAACCUGGCGGUGAUGUCUGUCGGCUUCUUGCUUGGUAGUCCAGAUGAUGCAGUUAUAUGGAGGGGCCCCAAGAAAAAUGGAAUGAUUAAGCAGUUUUUAAGAGAUGUAGACUGGGGAGAAGUAGAUUACCUGAUAGUAGAUACCCCUCCGGGUACGUCUGAUGAGCAUCUGUCAGUAAUACAGUACCUUAGUGCGGCUCAUAUUGAUGGUGCUGUAAUCAUCACUACCCCACAGGAAGUGUCCCUGCAGGAUGUACGAAAAGAAAUCAAUUUUUGUCGCAAAGUAAAAUUGCCCAUUAUAGGAGUAGUAGAAAACAUGAGUGGUUUUAUAUGCCCAAAGUGUAAGAAUGAAUCUCAGAUUUUCCCUCCAACAACAGGGGGAGCAGAGAAAAUGUGCAGUGAUCUAAACAUUCCCCUGCUGGGCAGGGUUCCUUUGGACCCAAAUAUAGGAAAGAGCUGUGACACGGGCAAAUCAUUUUUUACAGAAAUUCCAGAUUCUCCAGCAACCAUGUCCUACAGAACAAUAAUACAAAAAAUUCAAGAAUUUUGCACUCGGAGACCCUGACAAAAUUACCUAUUUCCUUUAUCAACAAGUGAUUUCUAAUAUUCCAGUUCCUGAAAUUCCUAAGCCCAUAAAUGUGAUAAAAUGGUGUUAUCACAGUUGAAAAAUAAAAUCUGUUAAAAUGGA